UGUUAUUACGUGUGCUACCUUGUUGUCAAUAAUCACGCAAAGUAGUUGAAGCAGAAAUUUAUAUUUACACUAGAGAGAUACAUAAACCCUACACUUCACAAAUUUUUCACUCCGAAUUGCUUCAGAAAUCUGGAUUUCGAAUUUUUUCCCCCUUCUUCUAGAGAUGGUUUUGGAGGAGAAUAUAACAGAGGUAGACAACAAAGAGGACAAUGGUUGCAAAAGAUGGACCUUAUGCACUCAUGCUUUUUACGAUUUAUCGCAUGUCUCUCCUGUCGUAUUUAUGUUCAUGAUUUCCCAAUGUCCUUGCAUAGGCAAAUGUAAGGCAACAGUGAAAUUCAGAGCUCUUCAGGAGCAACUAUGUCUCGUUCUCCAAAAUGAUCCAAAACCUGGACCAGCUACUUUUAUUGUUCAGUGCCUGUAUGUGUCUCCCUUAUAUGAAAAUCAAAGUCAAGGAUUUACUCAUUUGAUUAUAUCUUCUUUUCGCCGCUUCCUAAAAAGAUCAACAUCAACCACUUCAGAAGACUCCUUGGAUGUGAAAAACUCAGCUGCCUAUCUUCUCAUUGAUAUUAUUAGGGGUCACAUCAAGCAUGAUGAAAUGAUAGUCAUGAAAAUACUGGAGACUUUUGAUGUAAAACUAACAAAUGUCGAGAAAGCCCUGUGUCAGAAUAAGGAAAACGUUUGUUUAAGUUGUGGCAUGGCAAAAGAAUUAAUUGAGCAGUAUACUUUUGAAUUGGUGAAAUCCCGGUUAUACACAACAGCUGUCACUUUAAUUGAGCAUUUCUCUAUUGGCCAAUAUGGUCAAUCUUUUCUCCUUGAUAUGAUAAAGAGUAAUCAAUUCAAAGCUGCCGAGAAGUGGGCAACAUUUAUGGGGCAGCCUAUGUUGUCCAUCCUUGUCGAGGAGUUCGUGAAGAGAAACAUGCUAAAGGAUGCCUAUGAGAUUAUAAAGAAAAAUAAUCUAAAACAAGAUUUCCCAGAUGUAUACAAGAGGUGUAAAGAAAGCUCACUAAAGAGCUUAGCAGAAAAGGGAUGCUGGGAUGUUGCUGAGGCUAGAACAAACAAUGAUAGACAGCUUAUGGAAUAUUUGGUUUAUUUGGCAAUGGAAGCGGGUUACAUGGAAAAGGUUGAUGAACUGUGUGAACGGUACUCCCUAGACAGAUUUUUGGAUAUUAAAGUGCUUGAAACAAGCAUCCCGCAAGGACGUUAUUUACAUCUCGAGGAACUGAUGGUUGAAGACAUUAUAUGGGUUGAUGAAGUUGAAGGUUUGCUUGAUGCAACAAACCACAUUGUGGAUAGUAAAGUCAUAGGCGUUGAUUGUGAAUGGAAGCCUAAUUAUGUAAAAGGCAGCAAGCCAAACAAGGUUUCUAUCAUGCAAAUUGCUUCCGAAAAGAAGGUUUUCAUCAUUGAUCUGAUAAAGUUACAUAGAGAGGUGCCUGAAAGUUUAGACAAUUGUCUAACCCGAAUUUUGCUGUCUUCUGGAAUUUUAAAACUUGGGUAUAAUUUCCAAUGUGAUAUAAAACAACUUGCUCACUCAUAUGAAGAGCUGAAAUGUUUCAAGAACUAUAAAAGGUUGCUAGACAUCCAGAAAAUUUUUAAAGAUCCUCGGGGCGGUUUGGCCAAGCUUACAGAGAAAAUACUGGGUGCUGGUUUAAACAAGACAAGACGAAAUAGCAAUUGGGAGCAACGGCCUUUAACUCCGAAUCAACUAGAAUAUGCUGCACUGGAUGCUGUUGUACUUGUUCACAUAUUCCGUCAACUUCCUGAUCAAGGAGACGAGUGGAAGUCUUGCAUUGAGUCCCACGUGGAAGACAACAAAAAAUUCAAGAAACGUACUAAAAAUUGAAGAGACCAAGAAGCACUGAUCCUCAACUGACACGUGUAAUUAUUUGAAUUGAUUAAAGUGUAAGAUGGAAACUUUCAAGUAAAAUAAAUAAAAUAUUUGUUAUGAAAUGUAAUUAAGUAUUUUCUGUCCAUUGAUUUUCUUAGAUAUUUUUCAAAA